AUGCUACCGCAAAUCCCGCGUCCCGGCGACUACGACGUGUCGCCGGAGCACGGCUUCCUUCCGGCCGAGCUGCCGCUGCAGUUCCUGGACGACCCCUACUACCGCCCGUGGGAGACCACCGUCUCCGCUUUACAGGCGCUGAUCCUGACUCGCCGUCUGCGCGGCCUUGUUGACGCCCUGCCCGUCCUCUCGACCGACUACCUGCGUACUGAGCCCGAGUGGCGUCGGGCCUACUCCAUCCUAGCCUUCAUUGCCCACGCCUACAUCUGGGGUGGGGAUUCUCCCGUCGACAGAGUGCCCCCCUCCAUCUCUGCCCCCUUCCUGUCAACCUGCCACCACCUGGAACUGCCGCCUGUGGCGACCUACGCUGGAUUGGUGCUGUGGAACUGGCGCCCACUGGAUCCCUCGGCUCCAAUUGACAGCCUGGAGAACAUCUUCACGCUCAACACAGCUACCGGCUCCCUCGACGAAUCAUGGUUCUACCUGGUCUCCGUCGCCAUUGAGGGGCGCGCUGCGCCGACUAUUCCCCUCAUGCUAACCGCCAUGGAGGCCGUGCGGUACGGCGACAGCCACACCGUGACUGAGUGCCUGCGCUCGUUUGCGGAGCGGCUGGAUGAGCUCGGUACGCUGCUACAGCGUAUGUACGAAAACUGCGACCCGCACGUCUUCUACCACCGCAUUCGACCCUUCCUUGCCGGCUCCAAGAACAUGGCCGAUGCCGGCUUGCCCAACGGCGUCGUCUUUGACGACGGUACGUCAGCGUCUCAGCACUACGUUCAGUACUCUGGCGGCAGCAACGCCCAGUCCUCCAUCAUCCAGUUCUUCGACAUCGCUCUCGGCAUCGAGCACCGGCCCACCGGCUCCAAGCCCCAGGAGCCCUCUGCUUCUGGUCCACCACCCCCGUCGCACAACUUCAUCCAGGAAAUGCGCACCUACAUGCCCGGCCCGCACAAGCGCUUCCUCGAGGCCGUCAGCGGCGUCGCUAACAUCCGGCCUUACGUGGAGCAGCGCCGCAACGACCGCGCGCUCUGCACUGCCUUCGAUGCAUGCCUCGCCAUGCUGCGCGCCUUCCGCGACAAGCACAUCCAGAUGGUGAGCCGGUACAUCAUCGUCAAGAGCCGGGAGUCGCGCUCGCAGUCGCGCUCGCUCAGCCCCUCUUCGGCGCAUCCCCAGCGCGUCAACUUGGCUUCGGCGAAUCGCCGCCAGCAGGCCACCGUCGGGUCGGUAGGCAUGGAGGGUAGCGGCAAGAAGAAGGACCUCAGAGGCACGGGCGGCACGGCCCUCAUUCCGUUCCUGAAGCAGGCGAGGGAUGAGACGGGCGAGCCGGCCAUCGACGCUUGGGCGCGCAGGCUACUCAACAACGGGCCCGCAGACGCUGGUAGCAGCGGAAAAGGCGCACGGCUAACGAAGAUGGGCGAGCACCCAAGUGGGGAGAUGGAGAUUGUCGGAUUGGCGGGCGUGUGGAGCGUGGACGAUAGUGAGGGCGGGAUCUGCCAUUGGUAG